AUGUGUCCCCCAGUCAGUGUUCGCCAUGGCGACAAGGGCAUGUCCUGCCUCUAUGCAGCCUGGCUGUACCAGCUUGUCCAUGGAGACCAGAUGAAGAUCUGCUUUGCUUGCUUCAAGGCAACGUUCCUGAUGUGUAAAGAAAAUCUGGAAGAAGCCCCUGAGGAGUCGUUGGCCGAGCCGGAGCUGAUGGCGGGGUCGGGGUCGGGGUCGGGGUCGGGGUUGGGGUCCGGGUCCACAUAUGGGUAUUUGCUAUCGACUGACUCCAAAGACGGAGAGCCUGAGCUCCUGAAACCACUCCUGCAAUGGAUACAGGAAAUGGAGGUACCCAAGCUUUUUCCCACUGAGCUGGGGCCUGAGGAAGUUGUGCCCCUGGAUCUGGGCCCCGAGGAUGCUGAGUGGACCCAGGCCCUUCCCUGGUUGUGUGAGGAGCUUUACCCCUGCCUGCACCAGCUCAUGCCACCUAUGUCUUUGUGGGAUAUUGUGGAUUUUAACCCGGCUUUGAGGCAACCUGUUCUGUUGGAGGUGAGCACCAUCUGGCCGGUGAACUGCUAUGACGCAGGAAGCUUUUUGCUAAGCCUACAGUUUUUCGUCCCGUUGAUGAUCCAUCAGUAUAUAUGUCACUUGCUGUCGAUGCACGUCUGCUGGGUUGUGAGGAUUCACACCCAGCGCUGGCAGGUGUUGCUCGAUCCCGGUGAGGUGAUGGCGACCUACCUACCACACACAUUGUCUAUACUGCUGAAUCCACACUGGAGGCUGAGCAUCCUGGAGUCCUCACAAUGUGUAUCGGAGCUGGUGCCUGCCACCUGCAGCCUGCGGAAGAAAGGCUUCAGGCUGCACUCCUACCUGCCCUGGCACGAUCACAUCCCAGAUGACUGGAGCAGACCAACAGAGGACAGGGUGUUUGUCACAAAACCUGUGCCUGUGAACCACUUGUUCUACUAACCACUGCCUUGCCCAGUCCUCCCUCCCCUGACUUCCCCCUCUCCUGAUCCUGACUCCCUCCUACACAUAACCGAUACCCAAGCAGCCCCCAGGGCUCCAGCAUCUGUGAAGAGCCAGAGGUUGCCUGUCCUGAGCAGCAGAACAGCUGGUCCAGGAUUUGAGGGGAGCAUCUUGAACGGCCUAGGGACUUAGGGGCCUCAGAGGGAAAUCUGGCAUGUUCACAUGAGGCGUGUAGUUGUUCCCAGUUGUCCAAUGUUUGGAAGGUGAGG